GGACGCAGCCGAGGUGAAUCCUUCCCUUCUGUUUCUGCAACACGCCUCCGUGCACGAGCCGCGCUGACGCUUUGAAGCCGCGGGGCCUCGCGAGGAGGACGGGACGAAAAGAAAGAAAUCAAAUCAAAUCGCUGUGGGACAGAUAGACAGCUACAUCUCAGGGCUGCACAGGAAGCAGGGCAUGGCAUCCCCGAGCCUAGGGUUUAACGGGGCUCGGAAGAAAGCCGCCGCGAGGAACGGAGCCGUGGAGAGGAGGAAUUUAAUCACCGUGUGCAGGUUCUCGGUGAAAACGCUGAUCGACCGGUCUUGUUACGAAACUAUAGAUGACACGUCGCCAGAGUUCAUCAAUUUUGUCUCUAUUCUGGAGCAGAUCCUCAGCCAUCGGCUCAAAGGUCAGAUCACUUGGUUCGGCUACGAGAGUCCACGCAGUUUCUGGGAUUAUGUGCGUGUGGCCUGUAGCAAAGUGCCUCACAGCUGCAUCCCGAGCAUUGAGAGCAUGGAGAAUGUACGCAGUUCCAGAGCCAAGGGUCGAGCCUGGAUCCGAGUUGCCUUGAUGGAGAAACGACUCUCUGAAUAUAUAUCUGCUGCCUUGAGAGACUUCAAAACCACAAGGAGGUUUUAUGAGGAUGGUGCGAUAGUGCUGGGAGAGGAAGCUGGUGUGCUGGCAGAUACUCUCAUUGGACUAAAUGCUAUUGAUUUCAGUUUUUGUCUAAAGGGUGAGAGUUUGGAUGGGAGCUGUCCCGCUGUUAUUGACUACACACCUUACCUCAAGUUCACACAAACCUCAGACAGCAUCAGCAGUGAUGAGGAGGAGAUGAGGACUCUGGGUAGCAGUGGCAGCGAGGCCAGCACUCCGGAGACCAACAUGGCCGCCUGCUUAAGCACGGACCUGAGCAGCUGGUAUAGCAAGUGUAAAAGAGUGGAGCAGAAAUACAGAGUGGUGCUGGAACAAAAGGGUUAUCUGGAGGAGUUGGUACGUUUGAGAGAGGCUCAGCUCGCAGAGUCCGUCUCUCAAAAUAAAUCUUUACUGCAGCGUUUUGCAGAAGCCAGCAUCAGCCAUAAACUGGAGAAAGAACAGCUGGAGUUCAUCAUCCUGGAGCUGCAGGACCAGCUCAGAACCGUACUGAAGAACCAUGACCUGAGAUCCAGGCAGGAGCUCACAUCUCAUCUGACCAAUCAGUGGCCCUCACCCGGUGCCAUGGACAGUAACGCCGUCGCUCUGGACACCCUACUAUACCAGAAGCGCACAGGACGCUGGGAAGAGAAGAGCUUCCCGAGUCUGGACCAGCUGUCCGCCGAUAUGAGUCUGUCUCAGAUGUCCCUGGAGCCGGGACACACACACACGCACAGUCUGGAUGGCAAGACUGGACUCGCCCCCUGGCACAGAGAAGGUAAAGAGGACACACCGUCUCUCAGAGGUCUGUGUGGGUCUCUGACUUCAGUAGCCAGCUAUAAAUCUCUGGCCAGUUUGAAGUCUAGUGAGUAUCUGGCAAGUCCGACUACGGAUAUGACCAGCCCGGGGCUCACUCCAUCCUAAACACACACACACACUGUACAUAUACGUGUAUUAUAGUUAUUUAACCCUAAACUGAAAGCCUAAUAUUAAACAUUUUUUACAGUCUGAGAAUCAAGACUCUGUUACUUGGACCAGAUCUGACUGCACUGUGCUAGAUCACAUGAUCACAUGAUCAAAGCUAAAUCAUGGAGGAAAAAAAAAACUACCUAAAAGCUUGACAUGAGUAUUAGUCCUGUAGCUUUUAAUGUGCCAAUCUGCUUAACUCUUCCAUUUUCAGAUUUUCUAACUUCUGAAAACACUAAGCUACAGGGAUGGACAAAUCAUUUCCCGUAAACGUCAUGAGCCUAGCAGGAGAGUAAAUGCUCCAGUGUGCUUUUAAGUUGUCUUUAUUUGUCACAUAUACAUUACUGCACAGUGAAAUUCUUUCUUCGCAUAUCCCAUCCUUGGAGGGUUAGGGGUCAGAGCGCAGGGUCAGCCAUGAUGCGGCGCCCCUGGAGCAUGGAGGGGUUAAGGGUCUUGCUCAAGGGCCCAACAGUGGCAGCUUGGCAGUGCUGGGGCUGGAACCCCAAUCUUCCAGUCAACGACCCAGAGCAUAACCACUUGAGCUACCACUGCCCAGUGUUUUGUUGCUCUGACUGGACUAAAAAAGUGCAACUAAUGUAAUGGAAUACACUGUCUGGGAACUUUAGUAGAUAACUGUAUUAAUUAGACUAACCUUACAUUUACAUAAACAAAGUUCUGUUUGAUUUCCAUGUUGCAUGCUAGGCUUUGGACUAGCUUCAUUAGCAAAGCGGACUAGCUGUACUAAGAACACUCAACUAUAAUCUCUGCUACUUAGCUGUAUUUUUAUUGAUAAUGCCUUUCUUAGGCAUUAAAGAGCUCAUAGUUGUUGGGAUAAACCACGGAUGAAACCGUGAUGUGUUUUUACUCGAUUUUUGUGCAGUAACUACUUGGUACUUGGAGGUAGGAACUCAGGAUGUCCUGAGUGGGGAACUGAAAAACAGUCGGACCAGGCGUGUGUGAGAAAUCAAUUCAAGCUAUUCAUAUGGGUUUGAGAAUUGAGAAAAUUUCAUUUCAGAUGUCAAACUGUCACUAUCUUUUUAUUGGUGAAAUCGUAGAACGUUUGUAUGUAGGAUGUUAAUUAUCAUCUGUCGCUUUGAGGUUCACAACUGUGAGUGUAGGAUAAAAGCGAUUGAUUGUUGAAAUGGUGACAUGGUUAAGGGGUUGGACCUCUGCUUGGAAGGUUGUGAGUUUGAAUCUCAGGUGCACAAGCUGCCACUGCUGGGCACCUUGAGCAAAGCCCUUAACCCUCAAUCGCUCUGCGAGAUUAAAAUGUAAGUCGCACUGGAAAGAGGUGUCUGCCAAAUGCUGUAAAUGUAAAUACACUAUUGCUAAAAGUUUUGGGACACCCCUCCAGAUCCUUGAAUUCAGGGGUUGGGCUCGGCCCCUUACUUCUAGUGAAAGGAACUCUCUCUUAACUACACUCUUAAUGCUUCAGCAUACCAAGACAUUUUUGGACAAUUUCCUGUUCCCAGCUUUGUGGGACUGCAAGCCAGGCCUUCUCAUCCAACAUCAGUGCCUGACCUCACAAAUGCGCAUCUAAAGGAAUGGUCAACACACUCCUAAACCUUGUGGAAAGCCUUCCCAGAAGAGUUGAAGCUGUUAUAGCUGUAAAGGGCGGGCCAACUCCAUAUUACAUUCAUGUGCAUGUAAAAGCAGACGUCCCAAAACUUUUGCCAAUAUAGUGUAGUUUCAUAAUCAGUCAUGUUCUGUCUGUUUUGAAGCAGGCAGUGAAAUUCAGAUGGAAUCAUGGAAAAAAAAACCUACUAUCCCGUGCCUAUAAUCCGCUUGUCCCAGGAGCACAUGCAGAUGAUUUGUCCAUCCCUGUUUCAUAUCUAUUUAUUUUUUAGUCACAUUCACUGAAUAAACCACAGCUGUGUUUUAAUCCGGUUUAAAGCUCAGGACCUGUGUUCGGUUUGUGAUCAUCUUUGACUUGUACAUGUUUUAUAUUUUCUAUUUACAUAAUCCACAAAGCUGCUUUUUUCUUUCUUAGAUGUUUUUUCCCUCAUUAGUUAUGAACUGAUUACUUGGGCAUGACAAAAAUCCCCUUGUUGCCUCAGUUUACGUCUUUCAAGUCAGACUAAAGUGCCCUGAUCUUACAUAUUCAUGUAUUUUAUAAAUUAUCCCUCUUUUUUUUUUUUUUUUUU